CUUCCCUCUCUGCUCUGUUAUUAACACUCCCUCCCUCCCGUGUCUUCUACGGUUCUACCAAUCCCCACAGUUUGUCUUCAUCCUCUCUCUCUCUCUCUCUCGCAACUGUGUAGUAAGUCCCUUCCCCUCCCUCCCCUUCUCUGCCAUUUGGGCGGAGUUCCUCUCCGGAACAGUGCUAAUGGCGGCAGCGAAGGUCGCAGCCGCAGCCGCCCGUCCCCAUACCCGAAGAGCCACGGAGAGUUCCUCUUCCAUACUCCCUCCUGGAAUUUUCAAGGCGUUGUUGGCGGUUUCAUUGGUCGGGUUUCUUGCGUGGGCCUACCAAGCGAUCCAACCACCUGAACCUAACAUUCCGGGCUCCCAAGGCGGGCCCCCGAUCACAGCGCCAAGGAUAAAGCUCAGAGAUGGAAGGCAUUUAGCAUACAAAGAGCAUGGUGCCCCGAGGGACACUGCCAAGUAUAAAAUUAUAUUCGUUCAUGGCUUCGAUUCUUGCAGGCAUGAUGCAGUCAUAGCCACUGGGCUAUCUCAGAGUAUUAUCGAUGAGCUGGGAGUGUACAUUGUGUCUUUCGAUCGGCCAGGUUACGGGGAGAGCGACCCUGACCCGAACCGAACACCAAAGAGCAUUGCCUUAGACAUUGAAGAGCUAGCCGAUCAGUUGGGGCUGGGUGCGAGAUUCUAUCUGGUCGGCUUCUCCAUGGGCGGGCAGAUCCUGUGGGGUUGCCUCAAGUACAUUCCUCACAGGCUUGCGGGAGCAUCACUUCUAGCUCCGGUCGUGAAUUAUUGGUGGCCGGGUCUUCCUUCAAAUUUGUCAACAGAAGCUUACUACCAACAGCUUCCACAGGAUCAAUGGGCAGUUCGGGUUGCUCACUAUCUGCCUUGGCUUGCCAAUUGGUGGAAUACUCAGAAGUGGUUCCCUGGUUCUAGUGUCGUGGCUCAUAGCCCCGAUGUGCUAUCGCUCCCCGACAAGAUAAUCAUAUCCAAGCGUCCUUCAAGAGCUGAAUAUGAGGUCCAAGUGAGACAGCAAGGAGAGUAUGAAUCACUCUACCGGGACAUGACAAUCGGGUUUGGCACGUGGGAAUUCGACCCCACCGCAUUAGAGAACCCAUUUCCAAACAACGAAGGCACGGUCCAUGUAUGGCAUGGCGAUCAAGACUUGCUCGUGCCAGUUACAUUGCAAAGAUUCAUUGCCCAGCGUCUCCCAUGGAUCCAGUAUUACGAGCUACCCGAGACUGGGCAUCUAUUCCCGCAUGCCGAGGAGAUGCCUGAUCUCAUCGUGAAAAAACUUCUGCUCGGCGAGACCGCCUCAUCGACAUAAAUUUUUCUCGUCAGAGAUGAUUAAGAGCUGAUAUUAUAUUGUGGAAUUAUCAUUUGGUGCUUAAGACUGAUUAUGGUACGUAGAUGCAUACGUACUGGGAACAAUAAUAUUAGGCAGAUAUAUGCGUCUCCAUAGAUUUCACUAUGUGAAAUUUAUCGUGAUAUGAUUGAUAUGUGGAUUUAGAGUAUCCUAGGAGAUCCAAAUAUAACUAUUAUGGGUUUCUAUUCUAUAUACAUCGUAGAGAUUAUUUAUCUA